AUGCUACAAAGCAGUGCUAAUGCAACUCACCUAAUAGAUGGAUUAUCAUCAUUAGCAGUGCAUUCUCCUUCCUCACCUAUUAUGAGUGUUUCUAAUGUGGGACUUCCUCAAAAUCUCUCUUUCGAUAAUAAUAUUUCUCCGCGUGUUGUUCAUAUGCCAAACAAUCAAGAAGUAGCAUAUAAACAAAAUGUUAUUGUACGUUGGUUAAAGCCACCAACACCUCCUCCACCAGCACCAAUUAUUAUUCGAGAAAUUCAAUGUCCACCUGAAAUUCCCCCGCCAAUUAUUUAUCGACAAAUUCCUCAAUCUCCACCAACGCCACCUCCCAUUAUUGUUAGAGAACAACCACGAAUGUGCCAGCCGCGACAAGCUGUUGUUCAGCGAUGUCGAGCUCCUGCCUCACAACCACAAACAAUUGUCUGCAACAACUGUAUAUCAUCACGGGUACGACAACGUGAAGUUUGUCAACCAAAUGUAUGUCGAGCAAUGCCACAAAAAGCUCCAUGCCGACGCUUAGUUCGAGAAAUAAUUCGACAAGUUCCACAGCAAUGUGUUAGACCAGCUCAAGUUUGUACUACACAACAAAAACAACAAAUAAUUCAAGCACCACCAGAAGUGGCUCAACAAGUCGUGCCUGUUUUUGCUGUAAAACAACAUAUUGUUCAACCAAGAGGUAUUCGUAUCAUUCGUCAAGUAGUUGGACCAGGUCAACCAUGA